GCGAACUAACCCAGGAGACCACAACCUGACCCUCAAGACCGACUGAGUGCUCUCGGAACUCGCAACAGACCCCAGCCCCGCCUGCUGUCUCUAGAUCCGAGACCUGUGACCCGACAGACAACAGACGCAGCCCAGCCCGCCAUGGCCCAGUUCCUGAUGGUCACGGUAACCCUCGGUUGCAUCAGCCUCCUCUACCUGCUCCCGGGCACGCAGUCUGGCGGCCUAGGCAAAGGGCUGAAGCUUUUGAGACCCAGAGACUCCCCAGCAAAGGCUUCAUCCAGUGACCUGCAGCCUGGACACUCUUCCCUCCGGUCAGCAGCCUGGAAGCCUCUUCGUGCUCCCCAGCCACAGGGAAGGGGCAACCCGACCCUUGCUAUGGUUCAUCUGCUUCAGAAUGGUGGCUCACGACACCCAGGUCCCCAGCGACACUUGGGACCCCGAAGACCCCACGCCCAGCUUCUGCGUGUGGGCUGUGUCCUGGGCACCUGCCAAGUGCAGAAUCUCAGCCACCGCCUAUGGCAGCUGGUCCGACCAGCGGGCCAGCGAGACUCAGCUCCCGUCGAUCCCAGCAGCCCCCACAGUUAUGGCUGA